UGGCUCCCUUUGCAUCAUUCCUUGGCUGCCAGGAGAGGUGGAUCUAGAGUAUGGAGCACAGCCAAGCGACUGGGGCACAGGCAGAGAACUUCCCAGGGCCGUGGGCUGAUGCAAGCCCUUCCUGGGCAAAUGUGAGAUAACUGAGUAGCAAAGUGCAAGAGCAGUGUGGUAGUAGAACAGAGCAGCAUGGCAGGGCUUCAAGUCCGCUCUGUUCUGGUGACUGGAGCCAACCGGGGAAUCGGCCUGGGACUUGUCCAGCAGUUCCUGGGGAUGACAAACCCGCCCAAGUGGGUCUUUGCGUCUUGUCGAGACCCAAAGGGACAGCAAGUGCAGGAGUUACAGAAUUUGGCCUCCAAGCACCCCAACCUGGUCAUCAUUCCACUCGAAGUCACCGACCCCGCCAGCAUCAAGGCAGCUGCAGCCAGAGUCGGGGAGCAGCUGGGGGGCUCAGGGCUCAACCUCCUCAUCAACAAUGCUGGAAUUGCCAAGGUGAACUUGCUUGAUAACGAAACGCUGGAGGACAUGACCCGUACUUAUACCACCAACACAGCUGGGCCACUGCUGCUGGGCCAGGCAUUCCUGCCCCUGCUGAAGAAGGCUGCCCAGGGGAGCCCAGGCUCAGCGCUGAGCUGCAGCAAAGCAGCCAUCGUCAACAUGUCCAGCUCUGGGGGAUCCAUCACUUCUCUUGAGGGCUGGGAUCUGAUGCAAGUUGUCUCGUACCGCUGCAGCAAGGCUGCUCUGAACAUGCUGACCAAGUGCCAGUCCCUGGGGUACCGGGAGCACGGCAUCCUCUGCAUCGCUCUCCACCCUGGCUGGGUGCAAACCGACAUGGGCAACUCAGUUGGAUUCACGCCCCCCUUGACGGUGGAUGAGAGCGUACGAGGGAUGCUGAAGGUGCUCUCCUCCCUCUCCGAGAAGGACACUGGCACUUUUCUGGACUGGGAAGGGAAGGCCAUAUCCUGGUGAGAUGCCAGCCCAUCCUCCUGGCAGUGGGGUCCUGUGCUGGUGCUCUCACCUGCCCCACAUCCUCAAUAAACCCCUGCUCUG